CCCUCGCUCGGGGUAUUUUUUUGUUGCGGUCGGGGAGGCCGGGGCGAGCGGAGCGAAGGCGACGGUCCACCGCAGCCUCUCCUGUGAACUGAAUCUGUUCAUCGGCUGGCUCCGCCGCUGUUGGUUGGAGCAUUUGACAUUGCGCAGCAAAGAAAUGGUGAUGGAGAAGCCAAGUCCCCUGCUCGUCGGGCGGGAAUUUGUGAGGCAGUACUACACUCUGUUGAAUAAGGCCCCAGAAUACUUGCACAGGUUUUACGGUAGGAAUUCUUCCUACGUUCAUGGAGGAGUGGAUGCUAGUGGGAAGCCCCAGGAAGCAGUAUAUGGCCAAAACGAUAUUCACCAUAAGGUAUUGUCUCUGAAGUUCAGUGAGUGUCAUACUAAGAUUCGUCAUGUGGAUGCUCAUGCAACCUUGAGUGAUGGAGUAGUUGUUCAGGUCAUGGGUUUGCUGUCCAAUAGUGGACAACCAGAUCGGAAAUUUAUGCAAACCUUUGUCCUGGCUCCUGAAGUAAGAUCUGUUCCAAAUAAAUUUUAUGUUCAUAAUGAUAUGUUCCGUUAUGAGGAUGAAGUCUUCUGUGAUUGACCUGAACUUGAUGAAGAAUCAGAAGAAGAAGUAGAAGAGGAACAGGAAGAAAGGCAGCCGUCCCCUGAACCCGUGCAAGAAAAUGCCAACAGUGCUUACUAUGAAGCUCACCCUGUAACUAAUGGAAUAGAGGAGCCUUUGGAAGAAUCUUCUCAUGAUCCUGAACCUGAGCCUGAAUCUGAGACAAAAACUGAGGAGUUGAAACCUCAAGUGGAGGAGAAGAACUUGGAAGAACUUGAGGAGAAGUCGGCUUCUCCACCUCCUGCGGCUGUUUCUCUGCCCCAGGAACCACCAAAGGCUUUCUCCUGGGCUUCAGUGACCAGUAAAAACCUGCCUCCUAGUGGUACUGUUUCUUCCUCUGGAAUCCCACCCCAUGUUAAAGCACCAGUCUCACAGCCAAGAAUUGAAACUAAGUCUGAAGCUCAGUCUCAGCCACCUCGUGUGCGUGAACAACGUCCAAGAGAACGACCUGGUUUCCCACCCAGGGGACCAAGGCCAGGCCGAGGAGAUAUGGAGCAGAAUGAAUCAGAUAACCGAAGAAUAAUUCGUUACCCAGACAGUCACCAACUCUUUGUGGGGAAUUUGCCACAUGACAUCGACGAGAAUGAACUGAAGGAAUUCUUCAUGAGUUUUGGCAAUGUAGUGGAACUUCGCAUUAAUACUAAAGGAGUUGGUGGAAAGCUGCCAAAUUUUGGAUUUGUGGUUUUUGAUGACUCUGAGCCAGUUCAGAGAAUCUUAGUUGCAAAACCAAUUAUGUUCCGUGGAGAAGUCCGCUUGAAUGUAGAAGAGAAAAAAACAAGAGCUGCAAGAGAGCGAGAAACUAGAGGUGGAGGCGAUGAUCGUAGAGAUCUGCGGCGCAACGAUCGGGGUCCUGGAGGUCCACGUGGCAUAGUGGGUGGUGGAAUGAUGCGUGACCGCGAUGGAAGAGGCCCUCCUCCGAGAGGUGGCAUGGCACAGAAACUUGGCUCUGGAAGAGGAACCGGGCAGAUGGAAGGCCGCUUCACAGGACAGCGUCGCUGAAACCCCACUGUUGGCAGACAGUCUUGGCAGUGGUACAUUAUUCGUCGUGUUUGCAUUCUUGUUAAUUUUUUUGGCUUUGGAAUGUGACACAGCCUUUUUGAUCAUUUCUUUGAUGUGAAAAGCAUCCUUUGGUUACCAGUUAAAUUGAGGUGGACAUUCUUUCCCCAGUUUCACAACAGGAUUCACACUGUUCAUUUAUAAAUCUAGACUUGGAGAAUUAAGGACUGAGAAAUGACCAAUAUCUUAAAUGAUCUGCAACAAAAGUGAACCUAAAAGACACGCCCAAUUGAAUUCGGGUCCUUUUCAGUCAGAAAUCCUCUGCUGCACAUUUUGUUUUUAAGUGUUACUGUUUCUGCCUCAAACAAACAAAACAAAACCCACCACCAACAAAACAAACAAAAAACUCGUGUUAUGCACUUAUCAAAAUGCACUAAUGGGUACUCUGAACUCAAUUCCAUUGACAUCUGCAGGAGGAGGCAGCAGGAAAACAGAAAGUACUUCUACUUCUUCUCUAGAUAGAGAAUAGAUUCUGAAAUGAUGCAGGCAUUCGGUCUGCUGGCUAUGACCAACAAGUGCACAUGUAAACCUUACCAAGACUUAUAAGUAUAUUCCAGAGGGAAAUCAUUGAGGUGUGAACUAAAGAAUAUGGUCCAGAACUCUAUUGCUCUGGUCUGGAAUAUUAGACCAGUGUAGUAACUCAUCUAAGAUUUUUCUACCUGCCCCUCUUCAGUCCAGGGAUGGUUGGCUGCUCAACACACUCCUCCUCCCCUUUGUCCUUUCUUUAAGCUGUGUACAGUGAAAAUUGUCCUUACUGUAUUUUUAGUUCUCUGGUAAUGUAAUAAGCAUGAUGGGUGCCUUCUCUUAAUACAUCAUUCCAGACUUGCUGGUGAUUUUGUUACAGUAGAGUGUAUGGUUUGCUGUGCUGCAAAGCCAAACAGCUGCUAAAUGUUUAAAGAAAUCAUUGAAAUGUAUAAAAAUUGCAGUAUCUUGAAAUCAGGUCAAAGUGACUAGGCAUGUUCUUCCCUGCUUUCAGUGACAGCUGUGAUGCUUUCUGUGGGGGGGAGGUGCGGUGGCAUAAGGGCGGGGGUGGGGAGAACGAGGGUGACAUCCAGAGCAGUCCCCAGGUCUGACUUUUCACCUAAAAAGCAUGAAGAUGAAUGACUGUUGGCAUUUAGCAUUUGGAGGUGCUUUUGAAAAGUCAAUCAAAUUAAUGUACAUUUCUAGUAAUUUUUUAAGUGAUCAGAGCUAUAUGUGGCAAGUUAAAUGAAAUGAGGAUACUGCAAUUUUCAGAGCAGAGGGCAGCUACAAUUGUUUGCAUCUUGUUUGGGGAGGGGAACUGUCCAUUUUGCACAAUUCUUAAACUAGUACCCACGUGGCUCAGAAUCUAGGGCUGGGGCGACAUCCUUUUUUAUUUUUACAUGGAUCUUAAGCAAUUCUGUGAGGAAGGUUCGCAACUACUGAAUUACUUGCUACCCUGCCUUCAUAGAAAGUUUAAUUAAACUGCAAAGCUGCAAAGGAUAUUACCCAGUUGUGUGCAGUGGCAUUCAGUAAACACCAGUAUCUGAUGCUUCAGGCUAGGAGUGGAGUGGAGAAGUGUGACUGACCACUUAGAGCUGCUUUUAAACAUGGAAGACCUCAUUACCUUUUAAAUCUUUUUUUUUUUAAUGCAUAUGGUAUAGUAGUAAUUUGUUUCUGAAUUAUGCAACUGUUUUUUCUGUAGUAAACUGGCAAGAUAAUGCACAUCUUUUGUUUUUCUUCUACUAUGUGAGUGAAAUUAUAUCCGUCUAGUUUUUUUUUUUUCCCCUAAAAUUGAGGUCUUCCAUGUUUGAUGGGAAGUCUUGCACUAUUUCAAUAUUUUUUGGGGGACACAUUUCAUGGUUUCCAUUUCUGGUUUAAGGAUUUUUUUUUUUUCUGUUUGAAACGGUUUUACAGUUUCAGAAGUUAAGUAUAUAGUACUUGAAGUCCUAACCAGAAAACAUGACUUUGGUCUUGAGUUUGGAAGCCUUUCUUCAAACGGUUUUAAAAUAAGUAGUUUAUUACCCAUCUUUUUCUUUUAAACCUAUUAGCCCAUAUAUCAUGUCCUCCCCCACCCCAUCCCUUUUUACUCUACGUGCUCCUUCUCUUUCUUACUUUGGUUAUUCCUAAUGCUUGAUCAUCGCCCUGCCACCAUAUAAACUCUUUCUGGCACCAGGAGUAAUUACAAAUAGAAGUGUAGAAACCUAGAACAGCAAAGAGCCAUUCCGCUUCAGUAUUGCUUCUUUGAAAACCAUGGUUAAAUCAUUCAUUAAAAUAUCAAACGGAAGUUUACAUGGUGAUUGCUCACCUACUGUACUGUGGACUUUAACAUUCUUGUCCCCCUUUUUUUCAGCAAAAGCAAAGACUCAUCUACCAUUACUGUUAAUUACUGAUUUGUUGAUGGUAGUUUUCGAUCAUUCUGAUCCCAUUUCAACAAAACUGGCUUUACCAUUUGGGCUUGAGUUAGGUAUAGAAGACAGUGGAUUACCAUCUUUAUUGCUGUAAUGUGUUAAGCAUUAUAUGCUCGUAGAAGCUAGUUAAUUGUUUCCGGUGGAAAGUAUUCUUUGAGUUUCCAUUUUGAAUGUGUUUUGACUAAACAUACAAUAAACUACUGAUGUCUGCAGCA